UGACAGCACUGGAAUUGUCCGCUUAUUCCAAUAAUGAAUUACCUAGACGGUUUUCAAUCGCCUGUAACGAGUCACACUUCCUGUUUGAUUCUGAUAUUUGUGGUUGGAAGGAAUCGUUUCAGAUUAGGUAACGAGCAUUAGUGGUCCUGAAUUCUUGUUUCGUACAAUUGAUACACACUCAGAAUAAAUUGGUUCAGAUGGUAAUGGGUUCCUCAACACUGACGUCUUCUUCCCAAGUCUUUCUGUAUAAAUGUUGCUUUUGCCCCAUCUGGUGGCAGUGGGGUGAUUGGUUUUGCCAGAAGGAAGCCAUUUGAGAGAGAGAGAGAGAGGGAGAGAGAGAGGGGGGAAUUUUAUGAUCAUGGAUAGACAAUCUGUUAAGAAACCUCUUCUGAGCCGAGUUGCUGAUGAUGUCAAGAAGACACAUUUCUAUGUGUCAUUGGCCAAGUGGAUUCUCAAGUUCAUCAUAUGGGUCAUUUUCAUUGCAUGGGUUGCUCUUAUUUUCCUGUUUCCAGCACAAUUUGUUAAUCAAUUGUUCGAGAAAUAUAUACAAACCACAAGGGGUACUGUUUUUGGGAUUACAGGAAGCAUAUUCAUGUUGUUCAGUGGUCCAAUUCUUGUUAUUGCCUUCCUUGCCAUAGUUUAUCUUCUCAUUACUGCGAAAGAGGAGCUUCCCGAGAAGAAGGCUUCAAAAAAUCCAAGUUUCCGCUUGUGGACUUUCCCUGUUCUUGUUGAUGGGCCCUUUGGAGUUGUUUCUGCUACCGAAUUUAUUGGGAUUCUCCUCUUUGUCGUGUACGUUAUAUGGGCUGUAUAUGCAUAUACCGUGCAGAUACUCAGCUCUGUCUCUCAGUUCCCAUUUACUUUUGAACAGAAGAGGCAUGUUGGUGAUUUCAUUUUCAGCAUAUCUGCUGGAGGAAUAUUUCUAUUUAUACUUGAUCGUUUUCUGAGAUUCUGCCAGUCACGGAAGACUGUUGAUAUAAUUUCAGCCAAGUGCCUUCCGUGUGGAACAGUGGAAUUGGUCCUUUCAAAACCUGCAAGUCUGCGGUACAAUGCCCUCAGUUUUAUUUUCCUGCAAGUUCGGGAAUUAUCUUGGCUCCAGUGGCAUCCUUUCAGUGUUUCAUCUAGUCCUCUGGAUGGUAAAUAUCAUCUUUCCAUUCUCAUAAAAGUUCUUGGGGAAUGGACUGCAAAGCUCAAAGGGAAUAUCUUAAAUAGUUCCGAUGCUGAGCUGCAGAAAGAGGAAGAUGAGGACGAUCUCUUGCCUCAAACACUGAUGACAGCUUCAGUAGAGGGGCCUUAUGGGCAUGAAGUACCUUAUCACUUGAUGUAUGAAAACCUUAUUUUGGUAGCAGGUGGCAUUGGGAUUUCACCAUUUCUGGCUGUCUUGAGUGAUAUUCUCCAUAGUUUAAGGGAAGGAAAACGCUGCCUACUUCAGAACAUCUUGAUUGUUUGGGCUGUGAAAAGAUCGAACGAACUUUCUCUUGUUUCAACCAUUGACAUGGAGUCAAUCUGUCCAAUGUUCUCAAAUAGACUAAAUCUUGAGAUUAGCAUAUAUGUCACUCGAGAGUCAGAACCUCCUCUGGAAGAGGGUAACGAUAACAAGGCUAUGAACGCACCUUUCUGCUCUGCAUCAGAUAGAUGCAGUAUGUCUGUUUUGGUUGGUACAGGAAAUAGUAUAUGGUCUGGACUAUAUGUUAUUUCAUCUACAAUAGGAUUAGUUAUCUUAAUGGGUUUAGUGGAUAUAUUCUACAUAAACCCUUUUAGCAUAUCUUCAUGGUGGUACAAAGGUCUUCUUUUCAUAAUUUGCAUGCUUGCAAGUGUCUUUGUCGUUGGGGGUCUUGUGGUAGGUCUAUGGCAUCUUUGGGAAAGGAAAAAUGCAAGCAGGGAGGAAGGGGAGGAUGAUAGGGUAAAGGUUGGCAAAAUGCAGCAUAAUUCAAAUGUAGCUCACAAGGAUUCAGGUCAGAACACUCUACCGAGUUCAGCCCAAACUUACUAUGGUUCAAGACCAGACUUCAAAGAGAUUUUUGGGAAUAUAUCUGAGAAAUGGGGCCGCGUUGAUGUUGGUGUCAUUGUGUGUGGUCCUCCGACUCUUCAGUCAAGUGUUGCUAAAGAAAUUAGGUCACAGAGUCUUAGGAGACAACGGCAUGAUCCAAUCUUCCAUUUCAACAGCCACAGCUUUGAUCUGUAGUCACCACCUUCAUUUAUCUUCUCCUUGGUGUAAUCAGUUAAGCUUUGUAGACCCAAAUAUGGCAAGUUGAGAUGUAUAUUCAUUACUAGAUAUAUAUAUAUAUAUAUAUGUAUAUAGAUAUAUGAAUGUAUAUAUGCAGAUAUAUGAAUGUAUAUAUGUAUAAAGUAUAUUUAUGUGCAUAAAUAUUGUUAUGUAUUAAAACGAAUGCAUAUAUGUAUGAGUAUGUUCUUGUUGAUAAAUACUGGUUGGGAUUCCUCA